AUGCCAGCGCCUACAGCAACAAAACAACGUAAAGCGACUACUGACAAGCUGGCACCACGGAAACGCGCGCCUGUCGCCUGCCAAUUUUGUCGACUCCGCAAGACGAGAUGUGACGGUGUCAAGCCUGUUUGUGGCUUCUGUAAACAUCACGAAGCACAAUGCGUCUGGGGCGUAGCAACCGAAGAAAUCGCGAGCACACCUGCUGAAAAGGAAAUACUUCAACGCCUGGAUGAGCUGAGAGACCUGUUGUCGGAUGCAAAAGAAACUACUUCGUCUGCAGCCGAACCCCGAAACAGUACCUCAAUACUACAAACACAAGAACAACCAGCUACGCCCAUCACUGCAGCUUCGCAAAACACCACACUAGAUCCACUGGCGAAUCUAGCUUCACCCUUCACUCACACGCGUUGCGAGAACGUCCUGGCGUGGCCUAUCUUCCGCAGCGUGGUUGACCCAAAUGAUGUCGCUGUCGAGUCAUUUGUUUUAGAGUGUGACAACUCCGUGAUGCUUGGCGAUGCCAUGCCAAUGUCACCCAGAAUUUCCUCGAACGCUCCGGUCUCUGGCUUGAAUCUUCAGACUGAUCAAUUUUUACCGCUUUGCCAUAAGUUUUUGGACCACGUACAUCCUAGAAACCCGAUGCUUGAUGAGGAACAGCUUAUCGGAUACGCUAAGCAUGUUACUAAGUACGGCCUGGACUGGGACGGCCCUUCGUGUCUGGUCCUAAUUUCAUGCGCCCUGGCUUGUUACACUGCGCCUUGGGAACGCGGCGAUAUUGGUUAUCAUCCAUCUGGCGACUCAGUGACCGAAGAUGAUGUAUCUGCUCAAGCAUAUUACUUUGCCGCCAAGCAACGGAUUGGUCUGCUCGGAUGGUCUUUGGUGGACAUCCACUGCCUUUUCUUCGCGUCGGUAUACGAGAAGUACGCACUGAAUCCUCUUCAAGCGUGGUUUUACAUUCAGCAAGCCUCAACACGCUUGCAGGCGCAUUUAAAGCGUCAGACAAAGACUUCAUGUUCUGAUGGUUGCACUGUGGGGUCAGAUGGACUAAUGCAGCGUGUUUUCUGGUCGGUUUACAAAGCCGAGCACGAAUUGCUUCCUGAGCUGCCGUUCAGGUCCAGUGGCAUUGAGGUUUUUACGCGAACCGACUCCAUGUUUCCCUCACCUCCAGCCUUCGAAGAGGAAAGCAAUGAUGCCUCCGCGUUCAACGAGCAAGAUCCUAGGUCUAAAGAAAGAAGCUGGGCAUUUUACCUAGCCGAAAUCUCCAUUCGGCGCACAAUCACCGACACUAUAUUUACCCUUUAUCGUAGGGGCGAGAGGUACUGGCUAAAUCAUGUUGAGUCGCUAGUGCGCCAAUGUGAAGAUUCGGAAGAGCAGAUCCAGCUGUGGCACUCGCACCUUCCGCUGUCAGUCCAAUUUGAUCCCGACGGGAAUCCUGACAACGAGCUUGCAUUCUUCCUGAAGGGCCGCUUCUCUUCAUGGCGGAGUUACAUACUCCGACCCGUCUUAUACUAUGUCCUUCACCGCCCCUCUCAGCAGGCCUUGUCGCCUCAAAUAACGAUUUGCGCUCGUGGCCUCGUUGCCCUGUGCGCUGAGAGCAUCAUUCAUUAUGAUCAACAUCACCGCCAUGGCGGAAUUUGGUUCGUCUGCCGGCUUUCAUUUACUUCAGCACUUUUGCUGCUAAGUGUGGUAAUUAAAAACGACAUCGAUGUUCUUCCACCAGCGGACUGGGGGUCACUGGUUGUCAUGUCCAUCUCAACUCAGCGGAAAUGGGAAGCUCAGUCCGCCGAUAUUCGGAGAUUACGAAUGACUUUAGAGCGGCUUUACACUAUAGUUUGUCAUCACACCAAUACCCCGACAUGCCAAUCUUAG